UUCGUCACAUUUGCAAACGCGGAACGUACUAAAAAUGUUAUUAUUUUUCGUGUUACUAUAUUUUUCAAAUUUUGUAACAGCAAAUGAAUAUGGUAAAAAGAGUUUUACAAUAGUAUUAGAUACAACAAUAUCGAUGCGUGAAGAAAUAGAUAUUUUAAAAUCAAACAUUGAAUCUAUCUUGAAGACUCCAUUGUCUGAUAUAGAUAAUUAUAUUUUGGUACCUUUCGAUGAUCCCGGCUUCGGACCUCCUAUUAUUUUACAAACACCUAGCAAACUUGUUGAAUUAGUGAAUAUAGUUGAAGUCAGUGGUGGCAAUGAAUGUCCGGAGAAUUCACUGCCCGCGAUAGAACAAGCGUUGACAGUCAGUAAACCAAAUUCAAUGAUAUUUGUAUUUACCGAUGGAUAUGCAAGAAAUAAUAGUAAAUUAAACUCUAUAGAAAAUUUAUGUCGGAGCACAAAUAGCCAGGUCAUAAUAUUUCUGAGUGGAAAAUGUGUUUCGAGUGGUAGCAAGUCUGUGGUGGGUACAAUUGAUGCAUAUUUUGACGUUGCCAAAUCAUGUUCCGGUUCCGUUAUUCAACUUCAAUUGAAUAACUUUCGACAGGUAUUUAGAAUGAUGAAAGAAAUAUCCAAAACAGAUUGGACUGAGAUUGUGGCUAAUAAAAUAUUUACUGGAUCAGAGCAAUUUACUAUUUCAAUUGAUGGUUACACAAAAGACAUGGUUAUAACAGUUACUGGAGAGUACCCGAAUGUAGAAAUUCUGGACGAAAAUGGCCAAAUUCCUGCAAUAGAUCGUAUAGUCAACACGUUGCAUUCUAAGGUUUUACGAUUAAUUUCACCACCUGUUGGAACUUAUAGUGUGAAAAUAUUCUGUCAAGGCAAAACAUUAGUUACAAUUUAUAAAAGAAGAGAAGUCAACUUUCGAUUAGGUUUCUCACCUAAAUUGGCAAGGAGCUUGAAGGAGACUACUAAUUUACCUUUACCAGGCACCGUCAAUUACAUAUCCAUCGCAAUAGCUGAAAUAUCAAUCGAAUUGAAUUCGAUUUAUAUAAGAUUUAAUGGCCGCCGUGUCAAGAAGAUUGAUGUUGAAAUUGUCGACAGAAGUUUGGGUUUAUAUUCGGCGCAGGAAUACUUCGAACCAGAUACAUCGUUUAAAAUUACAAUUUACGGCCACGAUGAAUCUUAUCAAGUCAUCAAAGGGUCGACGGGAACGCUAACUCCUCAAAAAAUGAUUCAAGAACUACAGGUGAAAAGACCUAAAAUAGAAUGGAUUGAACCGAAGGAGGCGUUAGUGGAGUACAUGGCUAAUAUAACGCUCGCCUGCAAAGCAUCCGGAUAUCCAAAACCAACAAUCUCUUGGUCCGAUGAAAUUGGGAACAUAUUCCCUUCAGAGGAUGCUCUACUCGAAACACGAUCAGUUUUUAUAAGUUAUGCAUACGUUGAUAAAGUAACCGAAAACAACACGAUUCAUUGCAAAGCAGAGUCCAAGGAAGGUGAAGAUACAUUGACUAUGGAUCUUUUUGUGAAUAGAACUCUUAUGUUUGAAGUUUUAGAAUAUCCACAAGACGCUACGUUUGAAUACAGCACAGAGGGUCAGCUGUCUUGUAAAGUCGACGCAUACCCAGAGGCAACCAUACAAUGGUACCAUAAUGAUUCACUUGUUGAAAAUGGAGACAACUUAGAAAUUUUAUCUGACCAAAGUAUGCUCUUAUUAAAAUAUAUGACUCCGCAACUGACAGGAGAAUACAGAUGUGAAAUCAAUAACAAUAUUCAAAGUAAAAGGUAUACCGCAAUAGUAGAUAUAUCAGGAGUAGAAUUACCAGAAAUAGAGUUAAACGAUUCUGAGCUCGUCUUACGAUUAGACGAUUGGGUUAAUAUUGAAUGCACAAUUAAAAAAGGUAAACCAGCCCCAAAGGUGACUUGGAAAUUCAAAACCGAUAACGGUUACGAAGAUAUUCCCGAAGGAGUUAGCGCUGAGGAAAAUCAUCUCAAAAUCCCAUCAGUCAAGACGGAACAUAUUGGUAUCUACAAAUGCGAAGCGGAAAACAUUUUUGGAACAGAUUCAAAGGAAUUGUUAAUUAAAGUUGAAUAUCCACCGAAAAUAAAAUUUUAUGACAAAUUAAAGAUAGUGAGACUAGAUGAAGACGUUGAAUUGUCUUGCGAAGUCGAUGCUAUACCAAAAGCAGAAGUGAGAUGGCAAAAGAAACAAGAUGACAUUAUCAUUCCUCUAGAUAGUCGACAUGAAACUGAUGAAUGGAACACGCUUAGGUUUACUGCAUCUUCUGUCGACUCAGGAAACUAUUAUUGCAUCGCUGAGAAUUAUUUAGGAAGAGCAGAACGCGUCGUUACGCUGAAUGUAUUAGUUCCCCCGUACAUUGAUCCACCGCCACGUAAAAUUAUAACAAUCAGAACAGGUGAAUCAGUCACGUUACAGUGUCAUGUGCACCACGGUCAUCCUGAACCCUCGACUAAAUGGGAGUUUAUAGCACUUAAUUCAACUCUCACGACUUUAUUAAGGGGAAGUUCUGUAAACGAUCUUACUUUAAAUAAUGUAUCAAAAACGCACGAGGGUUCCUACAUAUGUUUAGCCGAAAACAUGGCCGGUUCUGAUACAAUUAAAAUUGAUCUUAAAAUAUUUUAAUGUUUAAAUUAAAUGAA